GACCUGCACUUCUGGCUUACAAUGAUGGCAUUUUCACUGAGGAUGACUGGGAAGGGAUCAAAAGUCCUGGCAUCAGUCAUAAGGAAGACGAUCCGUCUACUGUUGGUAGAUUCGGCUUAGGCUUCAAUUCUGUCUACCAUGUUACUGACUUUCCAUCAAUUCUCUCUGGUGAGUUUUUGGGAGUGCUGGACACACAGCAAACAGCAUUAGAGGAAGGAGGUCAGCUGUGGAGUAUAGAAGAAUGGAAGGAAGCAUCUGAUCAGUUCCAACCAUUCUGGGCAACACUAGAAUCCCUUGGGAAACCUUGCCCAGCAGUCAAGGGCUACUUCCCGGGCACCCUCUUUCGCUUUCCUAUUCGGCAGAGCCCUUCCAAGAUCUCAGACAACAUCUACAGUCCACAACGGGUGCAGGAACUUCUGCACUCGCUCUUAAAUGAUGCCCCCAUUAGCAUGCUGUUUCUCAGGAACAUCCAGAAACUGACCCUGGGCUUCGUUGGGUCUGACGGUACCAUCUGUGAGCUGCUAAAGGCUGAUAUCUCAACUCGCCCAUAUCGUGAGUCAAAUGCUAUUCAAGAUAUGCUAAAACCAGCCAAAGCAUCUCUGAACCAUGGUAGCGGUAGAAGUAUCUCGGAAAUAUUUGCUGAUUAUAGUCUUGGCGCCACAUUGGAGACCAAUGGCUGCAUCAAAACACUUGCUUUACAAGGUACUGGGGUUGCUAAAGCUGCCAGCUGCGAUUGGCUCAUAUUGUCAGCAGAAGCAAAAGAAGUUGACCUCCCAGGAUUGUGGGACCUGGCUGAGAAGGUGAAAUCCAGACCAGCAUUAUCCCUGGCCUACUGUUUGCAAGAUAGAUGCGCUGGGCGCCUUAGCUGUGUCUUGCCUCUCCCAGCCACGGAGGAAAACAUCACUGGAUUGCCACUGCAUAUCAGUGCUCCCUUUCAACUCACCGAUGACAGGAGGCAUGUGCAGUGGUCUGAGGAGGGGUCCCAGGCGCGGGGGGCUGAAGGCCGCUGGAACCACAUCCUGAUGGAGGAGAUACUGCCUGUUGCUUAUUGCCAAAUGGUUGUGCUGGCCUCCUCCUGUCCUGGUGACCCCUAUGGGUCAUGGCCAGAUCCAAGUCAUAGCCAACAACUCCGGUACAAGCCUUUAGUAACUGAAAUAUGCCAGAGGUUAAGGAACAUGAGACUCUUGGUGAGGGUUGGAGAGGGGGACCCUUGCUUGCUCCAUCCUUCUGAAGCCGUCCUUUUGCCAAAGGCCGUCUUGGAUAGGCCUAUAGGUAUGGUGCUGGAGAAGGCCCUCCUUUUGGCAGGAUCACCUCUGGCAGCUGCCCCUCGUCAUGUGCGUCAAGCCUUGGCAUUGGGUGCAAAAGACGGGACAGUAGUGCAGGAGGCCACAGCCAGGUGUGUGAGAGGGGCUCUGCAACAUGCUGACAAAAUCUGGAAUUGCCUCACAGAGUCUGAGAAAAGGUUGCUACUGGAAUAUUUGGUUGAAGAUGGAUGUUACCUGGAACUGAAGGGUCUGCCCCUGCUUCCAACAGCCAAUGGGCAAUUCACCUGCUUUGGAGAGGCUGGAGAGAUUGUAUUUGUUGAGAAUCCUGACUUUCCCAGAAUUCUUUUGCCUUGUUUGGCCAAUCAAUUUCUUCCCAAAGAUCUAAAUCCUGUGUUGCUGAACCAUUUGCAAACAAUUGCCAAAAAAGGAUUAUUCAAAAAUCUGGUCUCCUUGAAUCAAGCCAUCAUUGAGAAGAUUCUUCCUGGAUCUCUCCCGAGAGAUUGGGUGAGCAACGAAUCUAAGCCUGUUAUUUGGAGGCCCAGUGCGCACCCCAGCGAACCUCCUCUUGAGUGGCUUUCUGCUUUGUGGACUUUCCUGACGCACCAUGCUUCUUCCCUGGAGCCCUUCAAGGGAUGCCCAGUAAUACCACUGACCCAUCAGUACAGUUCUCUCCGUGACAUACAAUUGGCUCGGCUUUUGCCUCACCCCACCCUCAUAUUCCAGAGGCAUAAUGGGGAAUGCUUGCCGGAUGCAGUGGCUGGAAUUUUAGAAGAGUUGGGCUGCACCAUGAUCCAGAACUGGGACUCCAAUUGGUCCCACCCCCAGCUGAAAGAAUAUGUUCUAGAACCCACACCUAGCAAUGUCCUGCAAGCUUUUGUCCAUCUGGGGUUAGCAGAUGUAGAAAAUCGCCUGACAUUUUUGCCAUCCUGCCAGAUUGAAAGUUUGAGCGCUUUUCUCUCUACGGCUUCCUCAUUUUCUCAAAAAGAUAUCAGAGUCCUCACUAAUUUGCCACUGUUCUUUAAGAUGCCCUCUCUUCUUCCUCCUUCCAAGCCAGGUUUGGUAUCAGCUCAGGAUUAUUUGGCUUUAGAAAAGACUUUGGUUCCACCAGUACCUACACAUCUCUUGACCCCAGAGCCUGUGCUCUUGUGUCGCAACGAAGCUGAACGAAACUUGCUUUUCAAAAUCCGUGGAAAGCUUCUGGGGACGCCGGAUCUCUGCCUGCUGUGUGUCCGAGCAAUGAAGAAGGGGUUCUAUGCCAAUCGAGCUGAGGAUGCCAAGCAACUCAUGCUGUGGUUACUGCACAAUGGAGACACACUCUUUAGCCAGAGCCGAGAACUACAAGCAUUGUGCUGUGAUCUUCCAUUUGUGGAUUGCGGAUCAACAGAACUGCUCCGUCCCUGUCAUCUCUACGACCCAGAGAACCACACAUUGCUGGCUUUAUUAAGACCCAGCCACUUUCCCCAAGGGCCCUUUCAGGAGCAAGCAGUGCUGCGAAUCCUUCAUACGCUGGGUCUGAAAUCAGAUCUUAGUACUGUCUGUCCAGCAGAUGCAAUAACCGCUGCAAGGGAAGUGAAUGUAAGUGAAACGGCAACCGCCAAGGCCAAAUCCCAGGCCCUUAUCCGGAUUUGUAAUGAGAGUCCUCUACUGUCACGCUUAUCUCCUGAGAUGCUGAAGCAGCUGAGGUCCCUGCCUUGGGUCCCUGCCAUCAAUUCCUCUAAACGUGGGCCAGCUGGAAUCUUCCUAGCACCUGAAUCAAUUCGCUCGGAGAAGUAUGCAGCUCUCGUAGGACAGGUCAUGGGACUGACAAACGCUUUUUGGUCCCAUGCUGCAGAAAAAUUGGGCCUGGAAUGCUCACCACCUCCAGAAAAGGUGAUGGAAAAUUUUGCUGACCUGGUACAAGGUUAUCGCUCUAAAAUGACUCCCCUGAAUGAUGCAAAGUUGUGUAGCAUCUAUCAACACAUGCAACAGCAUCUCUUUGAUUUCCAGCAUCCGCCUGCAUGCCGUUCGGUAUGGAAUGGGAACGACUUCUCGUGGCCAGCAGAUGUGGUACUGUCCUUUCCUAAUGAUUUGGACUUUGCGCUCCUGAUGCCACGAGUUCCUCCAGCUUUCCAACAAUACAGGCAGCUUUUUGUAAAAUGGGGUGUCCAGCGAUCACCCAGCGAGGAAGACGUAGACCAGGCUCUUCGUAAGUUGGCACAACAAAUCAAUGCCAGACCAAAAGGGGGUACGCAGGCUGAAUUAGUCCUCUUCAUCGCUGCCUUGGACUGGCUUAGCAAUCAAAGUUACCAUGGGGGAGAGGGAAUGCCUAUACCGGUGCAAAUCACAGGUUUGGUUGGUUUUGCUCUUCGCCCUGCCAAUUCAGCACUGUAUUGUGACAUGGAUCGUGCCCGACUUGCUGAUUUGGGUGAAGACCGACCCAUUUUGGUGCACAAAGCUGUUUCUUCUGCCACAGCUGCUUUCUUUGGGGUGGAGAUGCUGAGUACCAAGUUGUCAGGCUUAGAACUGUUUGAGGCUUGGGGGCCUUCAGAGCCCAUCACUCUCCAGAUCCGUAACAUCCUUCGGGAGUACAGCCAGGAUGCGGACGUGUUUCAGGAACUGCUGCAGAAUGCAGAAGAUGCUGGUGCUCUGACUUGCCGCUUCUUAAUAGACCUCCGGGAGCAUGACGCCACUAAAGGACUUCUGGAUCCUGGCAUGGCUGCCUGUCAAGGCCCAGCCCUUUGGGCCCAGAACGAUGCACUGUUUACUGAGGCAGAUUUCUCCAACAUUACCCAACUAGGUGCAGCCACCAAGGAGCACCAGGAGGACAAGAUCGGUCGCUUUGGCCUAGGUUUCUGCACUGUCUAUCACAUGACUGAUGUGCCUUUCCUUCUCAGUGGUCACACCGUCCUCAUCUUUGAUCCCAAUAUCACCCAUCUCCAAAAACAUAUCCGUGGUUCAGCCCGACCGGGCAUCCGUUUGAAUUUAACCUCCACAGUUGCUACUUCAUUUCCAGAGCAAUUUGGACCCUUCAGAGGGAUCUUUGGAUGUCGAAUUGGGGAGAAAUACCAAGGCACUCUGAUCCGUUUGCCUUUCCGCACUGAACAGGAGGCCAAAGAAUCUCAGAUCUGCCCUGAGCCAUUUGGACCCAGCCGGAUCAAAGGACUGAGAACUGGCUUCCAGGAGAUGUCCCAGUACCUGCUGAUUUUCCUGCACAAUGUGCAGGAGGUAUCACUCUCCUGCCUUGCACAUGGUUCCAGUUCUCCAGAAGUUGUCCAGCCACUGGCGACAGUAAGCAGAGAAGUACUGGAUGAGAUGGGCUUUCCCCUUAUACGAUUGAGAACAACAUGGCAGUCAGCUAUGGAUAUCCACCAUUUUCUGCUCCAUUCAUGCUCAGCUGAUGGAGAAGCCAAGGAACUAUUCAGAAAGGGAAGGAAAAAGGGUAUCCAUUUCUUGCCUCCUUCUUCUAGGGUAGCCUUGCCACUCCGGCCUAGUACUACCAUUGGACGAUGGCUCCCAGAUAUAAAUGGUUUUAAAGGCCGUGUCUUUUGCUUCUUGCCUCUUCCCAUUGAAUCAGGUCUCCCACUGCAUCUCACAGCCCCCUUUGCCGUGCUUAGCAAUCGCAAAGGACUCUGGGAUACCACAGAAAAGGGCCAGUGGAAUAUAGCACUGCUACGAGAUUCGGUGACAGCUGCAUGGCUUGGGGCACUAACUCAGCUCCGAGACAUGUACAAACAAGAACUGCUGGAGGAUUAUGAAUAUUAUGAUUUUUGGCCAAAUGUAUACAGUAUCAAGUAUCCUUUCACUGAAGCAGCCAAAGCCUUCUAUCGAGCACUAAUUGAUGGAGUAAAUGGGGAGCAGCCAGUUCUUUUCUCUGAUGGACAAAAAUGGUGCUCACUUAAUCAUGCUUGCAUUUUGGAUGAUGAUAUCAUUUGUGAAACGCAACUGAGUUCUAUAGCAACCAGAGCCUUCUCAUUACUCUUACCCAAACCACAGAUUGCAGUUUCUCUUCCAGAGAAAGUUAAAUUGAGCAUCAAAACCUUCACCUCAAGAAAAAGCUCAAUGUUAAAUACUUAUAAUUGGGCACGGUUCCUUCAGGAGCUUGUUUUACCCAAUCUUGCUAAGCUUGCAGUGCCUGAUCGUAAUGCCCUGAUUCUUCGUGCCCUAGAUAUGAAUGAUGCCAGGGUGAACGAGCGCCUGAAAUCCCUGCCUUGCAUUCCUACUACUCCAAAUGAAACACUGAAAACUAUUAAUGAACUUGUACAUCCAGGGGGGCGUGUUGCACCACUCUACAGUCCCAGUGAUGGCUGCUUUCCUAUGGGUGAAAAGUUUCUGAAGCCGGAGAGGCUUUUGCGCUUGGAACAUCUUGGCAUGACCAAAGAUUGGGUGGCAAUGGAAGAACUGAUAAGCCGAGCCCGAACUGUGGAAGUUUUGUCGCAUCAAAACCCCAACGAAGCAUACCAGAGAGUCUGCUGUAUCUUGCAUCUCCUUGAUGGCCAUCUCCAGGAAAGUUCCAGAAAUACUACCCAGGUUUUGUUUAGAGAUAUUCCCUUUUUGCCGGCAGUGUUUCCUGAGAACAUGCAUAAAAUCUGCUGUCCCAAUGAGAUUUACCACCACAAGCUGUAUUCCUUGGUACAUUUGGUUGAACCAAUCCUGGACAAGGAAGCUCUUGGGGAAAGCUCCAAGCUCUCUAAGGAGAUAAUGGAAUUCCUUGGAGUGAAAUGCAAACCACCCGUAAGUACAGUGCUAAAGCAACUGGAGAGAGCAUCCUUGUGUUCCAAUGCUCUCUCCAAGAAAAAGCUGGCUAAGAUGGUACAAAAUUGUUAUGCUUUUCUCAGUGAUGUAGUCCGGAAUAAUCAAAGUAGGGUAGAGGUGGCGCAAAGGGCACAGACGUUCCCCUUCAUCCUGGUCAGUGCUGGCUUUGUGCCAGUGUGUAAAGUGGCCCACAAUCUGGCUUUUGACGCUGCUCCGUACCUCUUCAAAUUGCCUGAGGAAUACCAGCAACAAAAGGAUCUGUGGAAGUGUAUCGGUCUGCGUGACACAUUUACCUUGGGUGAUUUUGCUUCUGUCCUGGAAACCCUGGCUGAGGAUGCAGCUGGACGGCCUCUUUCUGAAGAGCAACUAGAAAUUGUACUUAGGUUGAUCAUUGUAGGGCUUGCUGGAGUUUUGCCAGAAAAUCAACAACUGGAUUCUUAUUUGUCCCAGAAAAUGUUUUUCCCAGAUCAGGACAACGUCCUACGACAAUUGCCUAAGCUGCUUUUUGAUGAUACUCCAUGGCUUCCCCAUGAGAGUGGAACACCAUUCUGCCAUAGUAUGAUUCCACGAGAAAUGGCUGUGCGCUGCGGCAUAUUGACCAUAAAGCACCGUAUCGUGAACCAAGUGAGGAUCCCAAAACUUUCUCCUUGGGGCACACAGUUUGGAGCUAAGGAAGACCUGUGUACCCGCUUGUCUAACAUCCUUCGGGAGUAUCCCUCGUCACAGGAUGUGCUGAAGGAGCUGCUGCAGAAUGCUGACGAUGCUGGGGCGAGCGUCAUCCAUUUCCUUUGGGAUCGCCGCCAGCAUCCAACAGAGCGUGUCUUCAGCGAUGAGUGGAAGUCCCUUCAAGGCCCAGCCCUCUGCAUCUAUAACAACCGGACCUUCCAAAUGAGCGAUAUUGAGGGGAUCCAGCGCUUAGGAUCUGGCGGGAAAGGAGGAAGGCGGGAUGCUAUAGGAAAAUACGGUCUGGGAUUCAACACUGUUUUCCAUUUGACAGAUUGCCCUGCGUUUGUCACAGGGGAUAGAAUACUAUGUGUCUUUGACCCCACAUUGCGUUACCUCACAGAAUCUGAUGAGGUCUCAGCUGGUGCAAUGUACAACCUCACAAAAGAUUUCAGAAAAGCCUUUUUGGAUGUUUAUGAAACUUUUUUGCCUGAUGUGUUUGAGUUGGAGCAGGGCACACUUUUCCGGUUGCCCCUGCGUACUCCUGCAGGGGCAGCCUCCUCUCGUAUUUGCCAGAAUUCGGUGUCUGAAACAGAUAUGGAGAACAUGCUGGAGGCUCUUAAAGAAGAUGCAGAGUGCCUCAUGAUGUUCCUCAAUCACAUUCGCACUGUAAUUUUCUCUGUUAUGGGCGAGGAAGACAGGAGACCCAAAGAGUUGUUGCGGGUUGUAACUGAAGGAGGGGAGCCUGGAAGGCUGGAGUACCAGGAACACCUGCAACAGGCAGCUGGAGCAGGAGGCCUGGAGACGAGCAAACCAGUCGCCGUCUUCUACAAAAUUAAGAUCAGCACUAAUCUCUUGUGUGAUCCCAGUAUCUGGUGGGUUGGAAGGCAGAUUGGAAUGGACAGCACAGAGACCAUAGAGGGCAUGCUACUGCCUUAUGGCGGUGUGGCGGCUUGUCUUAAUAGACAAGCAUGUGGGAGGGCUUUCUGCACAUUGCCUCUGCCAGGAAGGACAGGCCUUCCCAUCCAUGUCAAUGGGAACUUUGCUGUUGAUUCAGCUCGGCGUGACCUGCGGAAGGACUGCAAUGAAGGGGGUGUCAGUUCAACCUGGAAUAGGUUACUCAUGCAGUUUCUGCUGGCCCCUUUGUAUGGCCAGUUACUUAGAAACCUGUGCCAGGGACUGGGAAGUGAGCCAUUGAAAUUCCACACACUGAAGGCGUGUCACGAUCGUCUUGCUUGUAAGUAUUUGCAAUAUUUCCCAAUUGUGACCAAGGAUGUACCUCCUGUUUGGCAGCAGCUAGUGACCCAUCUGUAUAAACUGAUGCAUAAAGACCAGCUUCCAUUGUUGCCAGUCUAUCAAAAAAAUGUUAAUAACAAAAAUGGACAGACAAUUGAAACCAUAAGUGUGUGUUGGAGUGCACCCAAAGAAGAGGAUUCCACCAAAGGCCUCUAUUUCCUGGAGAAUACAAUAGAGGAUACAAUUCUUGAGCGCACUCUUCAGGAGCUGGGUAUGAGCUUGGUCCCUGCCUUUGGACAGCUACAAGAGAUACAUAAGCAGUUUGUCGUGGCAGAAAUUGAUGUGGUGACUCUCAAUUCUCCUUCCCUGUGUCGUUUUUUGAAAAGACUGCUCACCUUCUUACCAUGCUCCCUAAAUCAAACCCCUCUAAAGAAUUAUUACAGUUGCUUUGCUCUCCUAACCUUUUGUUUAAGUGGAUUGUGUUCCGAUGAUGUGAGUUGCGUGGAAGGACUUCCAUUACUGGUGACCAACGAUAAUGUGCUGAGAUGUUUCAGCCAACAAGAACCUGUUUAUCAGAACACCAGUGCUUCUGAGCUUUUCCCGCAUCAUCAACACUGUUUUUCUGCCUUUGUAAAUUACAAUCUAAAUAAGCUUCUAUUAAAAAUGGGGUUCCUGAAGGAUUUUACUCUAGAUGAAUCUGUGGCUUACGUCCAGGAGAUGCUGGCACUGGAUAGCUGGAGCAAGGAUAGCAAACGCCAGAGGAGCUGGUUAGGGGAACUGUGGGAGUUCUUUGGAAAACAAAUCUGUGUGUCACGGGAUGAGAAAAAACUGAACCAGUUAUUUGCAGAGUUCAUUUUCCUCUUCAGAGGAUGCAAUCUACUCCCUGUCUGUGGUUCCAGUGAGUUGAUUCCUCUUGAAUCCCUUGAUAUAUUGAUGCCUGAUAACUUAAGCUCAGUUUGUAAAAUUCUUGAUAAGCUGGGCUUUGCCAAAAUUGAUAAAUCCCUGCUGCCCGUAGAGUUAACUGCAUACUGCAUCAAUCCACAGCUGCUGAAGAUCGAAGACCCUAUAGUAGUACUAGAGCAACUGUCUACCCACAGCAGCUUACACUGGAAUAAACUCAAGCCAUUGGAUUAUGAUUUGCUCUUAGUGUUUCUCUGUAAGGAUCUAAAAAAGCUAAAUCCAGGAUUAUUAGGAAAACUGAAAGCUUUGCCUGUAUUUGAGACAUUUCAAGGAAAAUAUGUACCAUUAGUUUCAUAUGAAAAAGUGUAUCGCCUGGUAUCCAAAAAUCCAAAGCUCUGUGAGAACUUUAUGGAAUUUUAUGAAAUGGAUGCAAGGACUGUUUUACUAAAGGACACCGAUUUGAAUAAAACCGUAAGCAAGCCCUUAGGUAUUGGAGAAAUAAAUGAUUUGCAACAGUUUAUGCUGCUUUUGCCUAGGGUACCCAGUCUUCCUGAGGCCCAAGUACUGGAAGCCUUGAAAUUGCUGUUCAGAAUCAAAUCCCAGUAUGAUGAAGAGUACGAGACUCAGAAAGCAGCUGUGGUGUCAACAUUCAAGUCUUUUGCCUUCAUUCGGGAUGAGGAGAAUGUGCUGCGUCUUGUAUCAUACUUCUAUCAGGAUAAUGAUAUUUUUCAAGAGUUGGGAUUCGGCUCUAGAUUUGUACCAUGUAAAUUCUAUGAUUCAAUGCUUCCAAUCAAAAAGUGGGAAGUGUACCCAUUUUUAUUGGACCUGGGCUUGCAGGAGGUGAUUUCUGAGGAAGAUUGUUUAAAAUGUGCUGCCCAGGUUGAACAAGAGGCAUUCAGCAGCGGUGCUACUUCUGAAAAUGUCCGAGAAAAAAGUAACACACUCUUGAAAUACCUGCUUUCCAGAGCAAAAGAUGAUCUGUCUAAUUCCUUCCUGGAAAAAUUGUCCAAGAUCCGUUUCCUUGUACCACGUGUCAUCCUUGAUAAACUGUGUAGCCUUCAUUUGCCAUACGCUCCUUGCAAAUCUCCAGUGGCACCUAAAGGUUCUUUGUGCUGCUCAGAAAGUGUUGAAUUAUUUUGGACUUCAGCAGUUAGUUUCUCUUCUAAUGUCUAUAUAGGGAAAGAAAAGAGGGCUUUUUUCCAAAAACUUGGAGUGAUAUUCACAUUACCUACUGAAGUGGUGUUGAAAAAUUUGAGCAGUGUAUGCCAAGUAACCUGUGAUACCCUAGAAAAUAAGGAAACUUGGGCAGAAGUUCUAAAAGACAUGUACAGAUUCCUCUCAGAACAGGAAGAAAUAGAUGUGAGCUCCCUUAGAGGACUUCCUGUGAUACUGACAGAUGAUAAUGAAGUAACUGAGGCAGAAAAUGUGGUGGUCCACUUGCAGCACUCAAGUGACUUCCGGCCAUACCUCUACCAGCUGCCAUCCAAGUUAGGGGCAUUUAUAGAUAUCUUUGAGAAGUUUGGAGUGCAAACUGAGGCAACCAUCUAUCAUUAUGCCAGUGUUCUGGCCAGGAUCCAAGAAGAGACUAUGGAUCGGAUGAAACUGCAACCCAAUCUUACUAAAGCAGUGCUCAGGGCUACUCAGUUUUUCUUCCAGCUCCUAGAAGAAGCAAAGGAGCCAAUGGAUUUCUCAAAGCUGCAAGAACUUUAUCUCCCUUGCAUUGAUGGGAAGCUAUAUCCAUCAAACACUUUAGUAUUUAGUUUCUACCAAUCUGGCCAAGAACCCCCUGCUUUGAUAAAAAAAUUUCACUUUCUGGUCGAUCUCUCUGAAUGUUCCAUAUCAGCGGACAAGUAUAAGCAGUGGAACCUUCUGUGCUACCUACCUGAAAACCUGCGUCCCAUGCGUCUCAGUGACAUUGUUGAAGAACAACUAGAAGAGUCUUCUCUGAAACUGUGCAUCUAUCAGGAACACUGUGAGUUUCGGAACAAUCUCAAAGAACUUCUGGUUUCUCUUGAAUUCCAGAAUGCACUGAUUGCACUAUUGAAAU